GCCUAUACAUCAUCCUUGACGUAACAUCCCACAUAACCACGACCGAAGUAGUUAGUACAUCGUAUCACGUCGAUCCCCAUCGCUACAGACCCACACCUCAAGUUGCGUCGCUGCUCAGCCUCCAACUCCACCAUGCCCAACCUCACAGACGCAGCAACAGCAAUGCCACAAAGCCUGACCAUAACCUCGACCGUCCGUCUCCUCAGUGGCCACAGCAUGCCACGCCUCGGCCUGGGCGUUUACCAAACCCCCGCGAACACCUGCCAAUCGAUCGUCGCCUUCGCCCUGCGCACCGGGUACCGGCACAUCGACUCCGCGACCGCCUACCGGAACGAGCGGCCGUGCACGCUCGCGAUCUCCGCCUCCAGCCUCAGCCGCAGCGAGCUCUUCUUCACGACGAAGCUUCCGCCGCGCACGCGGGGCUACGCGAGCACUGCCGCGUCGAUCGACGGCGUCAUCGCCGAGAACGCCGAGCUAGAGGGCUAUAUCGACCUGUACCUGAUCCACGCGCCGUACGGGACCCCCGAGGACCGGAUCGGCCAGUGGCGCGCCAUGGUCGAAGCCCAGAAGGAGGGCAAGAUCAGGAGUUUGGGCGUCUCCAACUAUGGCGUGCAGCAUCUUGACGAGCUGAAGGCAUGGCGCGAAAAGCAGAGUGAGCAGGAUAGAGGCGUGCUCAGUGUCGGCCAGUGGGAGCUCCAUCCGUGGCUCGAUCGGACGGAUAUUGUUGAUUGGUGCGCGCGAGAGGGGGUGGCAGUGCAGGCGUACUCGCCCGUUGUCAGGGCAACGAGAAUGGACGAUCCGCUGUUGAUGGGGUUGGCGGAAAAACAUGGGAAGACCUCGGCACAGGUGUUGAUCAGGUGGAGCUUGCAGAUGGGGUGGACGCCGCUGCCGAAAUCAGUGCACGAAGAGAGGAUUAGGGAGAAUGCCGAUGUGUUCGACUUCGAGCUGACGGACGAAGAGGUCAAAACUUUGCAGACCGGAAAAUACGAGCCUGUUGCGUGGGAUCCCACUAAGGAGCCGAUUUAGAGUGGAGCUGGGGAAUGAGUUGGAUUUGUACAACAUGUAUCCCUUGUUGCAAAAUAGGCAACCAAAUAACGGUUUUGCAUACUCAUAAGACUCGGUGAUUAUGGGAGGUCUCGUAGAGGGCUUCGCAGCAUGGGAACAAGUCCGGUACUUAAUGAUCAUACGAGAUUCAUUGAUGUACUUGGACGUCAAUAUCGACGCGAUUCCUAUAGACUUUGCGCCGCGCGUAAUCAAAUAGGACACAACUUACAAUGAACAUGCCCACAAUAAAAACGUGACCG